AGGACUGAACAGCAGUUAAAGCUGUAUGUGUGCAUGUAUCUGAGUGUGGUUAACAAACAUGUUUCCUGUUGCUUCAUUACCACAAAUAAUAGGGGCAACAGGAAAGCUGCAGUCCUGAGGUGAAUUCUAAAAUGACUUUUUGUUCACGCCCAUCUUGACUGCAUCGGUUUCUUUCUCUGAGCCUUUCAAUGCGGCAGAUGCAUGAUUCAACUCGGAAGCACAUCAAGGCUUGAUGGAAAAUGUGGCUUGUUACAGUGCUAGGUGUCAUUUAUUUGUCCGCUGCUGUUGCAGCUCAGGACUCAAACACAGUUCUUCCCACAGCUGUAUUUGAGCCUCCUCAGCCCAACCUGCAGCUGCAGUCUCCCUUCUCAGAACCAUACUCCACCGAGAAAGUGGUGUUAAAAUGUACCAUCGAUGGCAGCUCUGACUGGAAUAUCAAGUGGAACAGAAAUCACUUAGAAAUAAGUGGUUCGGAUUUAUUUUUGUCUGAAGAAGGUUCGAAACUUACAAUCACAACAGAAACAUCAGCAGUUUAUACAUGUCGAGGUGAACACAAGAUCAAGGGUAUCUCGACUAAAGACAGUAACACCCUUGAAAUCAAAGUUAAAGACCUUCCUAUCCCCGUUGUGAAGCUGCUGACUAACUGGAAAGAUGUGUUUGAAAGUGAGAGAGUGGAAAUGAGCUGUGAAGUCGGCGUUUCUGACUGGACGUUCAGUUGGUACAAAGAUGGUGUUCCAAUGAAUUAUGAAAUGCCAAAACUCAGCUUCCCUUCAGUUACUCAAAGCAAUGAAGGAAAAUAUCAAUGCAAAGUUCUCCUAAAAUCUAGAGGGGUCAGCUCUGAACUCAGCAACUCGGUUGAUAUCAACAUUUAUGCGGAAAAGGCUAAGCCACAUGUAACUAAAAGUACAGCCUCUGAAAAGAUGUAUCCUGGUGAAUCCAUUCAAUUCAACUGCGAGGUCAGACUUGCCACUGACUGGAAUUACAUGUGGUACCUUAACGGGAGGGAAAUUCCUGGAGCCAACAGCCCUAUUUACAAGAAGGAUAACAUAGAUCACUCCAACGGUGGACAGUACUUCUGUAAAGCAAAGAGGGGUCAGUUCUUUUCAGAAGAGAGUGAUAAACUGUCCCUGCAGGUCUCUGACCUUCCUAUCCCCGUUGUCAAGCUGCUGACUAACUGGAAAGAUGUGUUUGAAAGUGAGAGAGUGGAAAUGAGCUGUGAAGUUGGCGUUUCUGACUGGACGUUCAGUUGGUACAAAGAUGGUGUUCCAAUGAUUUACGAAAUGCCAAAACUCAGCAUCCCUUCGGUUACUCAAAUCAAUAAAGGAAAAUAUCAAUGCAAAGUUCUCCAAAAAACUAGAGGGGUCAGCUCUGGACUCAGCAACUCGGUUGAUAUCAACAUUUAUGCGGAAAAGGCUAAGCCAAAUGUAAACAAAAGUACAACCUUUGAAAAGAUGUAUCCUGGUGAAUCCAUUCAAUUCAACUGCGAGGUCAGACUUGCCACUGACUGGAAUUACAUGUGGUACCUUAAUGGGAGGGAAAUUUCUGGAGCCAACAGCCCUAUUUACAAGAUGGAUAGCAUCAGUCACUCCAACGGUGGACAGUACUUCUGUAAAGCAAAGAGGGGUCAGUUCUUUUCAGAAGAGAGUGAUAAACUGUCCCUGCAGGUCUCUGACCCUCCUAUCCCCACUGUGAAGCUGCUGACUAACUGGAAAGAUGUGUUUGAAAGUGAGAGAGUGGAAAUGAGCUGUGAAGUUGGCGUUUCUGACUGGACAUUCAGUUGGUACAAAGAUGGUGUUCCAAUGAAUUAUGAAAUGCCAAAACUCAGCAUCCCUUCAGUUACUCAAAUCAAUAAAGGAAAAUAUCAAUGCAAAGUUCUCCUAAAAUCUAGAGGGGUCAGCUCUGGACUCAGCAACUCGGUUGAUAUCAACAUUUAUGCGGAAAAGGCUAAGCCAAAUUUAAACAAAAGUACAACCUUUGAAAAGAUGUACCCUGGUGAAUCCAUUCAAUUCAACUGCGAGGUCACACUUGCCACUGACUGGAAUUACAUCUGGUACCUUAACGGGACGGAAAUUCCUGGAGCCAACAGCCCUAUUUACAAGAUGGAUAGCAUCAGUCACUCCAACGGUGGACAGUACUUCUGUAAAGCAAAAAGGGGCCAGUACUUUUCAGAAGAGAGUGAUAAACUGUCCCUGCAGGUCUCUGACCCCCCCAAGCCAAGACUGAAGCUUUUAACUCCCUGGUUAGACGUGUUUGAAAAAGAGAAGGUUGAGAUGAGCUGUGGCGUGAACGAUCCGACUUGGACCUUCACUUGGUAUAAAGAUGACCAGAAGCUCACAAAGAGCACAUCCUUGAUCUGGGAUGAAAAAGGUUCAAAACUCACCAUUGGUUCGAUCGUUCGAAAUCACCAUGGAAGCUACGCCUGCAAAGCUCACCUCACUCUGAGAGGAGUCCGCUCUGAACUCAGCAUAAAACUAUAUGUGAAAGUUUAUGAAAGUUUACCCAAACCACAGCUGGCAAAGAAUCUGGCUUUUGAUCCAAUGUAUGUUGGAGAACAUGUGUCAUUCUCUUGCAAGGUUUCUGUGUCCUCUGGAUGGAAGUAUAAGUGGUACAAAGACAGUAAUGUGAUAGCUAACAGUGGAGAGAGCCUCACCAUUAACCUGGGUCUGCAAGAUAAAGGGGAAUAUUGGUGCAAUGCCAGCAGAGAUGACAUUUUGAUUUUCCAAAGCAAUAAAAUACAUCAAGACGUCACAGAAAUCCCUGUACCGUUGCUGAAGCCAAGAAACAAGCAAUUGGAUGUUUUCCCCAAAGAAAUGGUUGAACUAAGCUGUAAGAUACUGCUCGGCUCUGGAUGGACAUACACGUGGUACAAAGAUGGGAAGAUGAUUCAGGCCAAUAAGGAUGUGGUUAUUGGGACAAAUGGAGCAACUAUUUCCUUUCGUUCUGACCCUUCUCAUCAUAAAACUCAAAAUUACACCUGCAAAGCAGAGCUGAAAGACAGGUCUGUCCACAGCAACUUUAGCUCUAAAGUUACACUGAUGGUUUAUGAUGCGACACCCAAUGUUACACUGCUGCAAAGUCCUGAGUAUAGUUUAAUGCACACUGGUGAUUCAGUCUCCUUCCGCUGUGACGUCAACAUCUCCUCUGGAUGGAAAUUCCUGUGGUUCAAAGAUGGUGAUAAGUUUGAAAAAGAUGACCACCACAACAUCAGUUCUGCUCAAGUUAAAGAUACUGGAAUCUAUACAUGCCAGGCGGAAAGGGACUCUUUCAGGCUUCAGAAGAGCCAAAACAUGCAAAUUGAAGUUAAAGAGCGCCCACAGGCUGAAGUCAUCCUGUUGACGGGCUGGGCAGAGGUCUUCUCCACAGACACCUUAGUGCUGAUGUGCAAAGUGAAGGAAUCAGAAGACAAGUGGAACUACACUUGGUUUAGAGAAAAAAUCGCAGUUGGAGAGGUGCCAACAGAGAAAUAUACAGUUACACCCCAGAAUGACCCAGAUCAGAGCCACUACACCUGCAAAGGCAUCCGUACCGAACGACCAACCUAUUCUGUGGAAAGCUCACCAUUCAAAACCAAGAAUCUUUUGUUGAAAAGGAGGAUUCUCCUUUCAGUCUCUGGCUGUCUCUUCUUUGGAAUCAUUCUUGCUUUUCUCGGAUGCAUUUACUUCAAAAUCCGGAAACCAGUUGUUGCUGAAGAGAGACCAGAAGAAAAUGAGUUGUUUCUCACAAUGAAAAAGCAAUUAGAGCAUACUGAGAAUUCAUGCCCACUGGUUGAAUAUAUCACUGAUGCUGCUUUGAAUGAAGGACCCAAAAAAGAAAACGAUGACAUAGGACUGAUCAGAAGUGAUAGCACAGAGCUAAUGGUAACCACCCAGGAAGAUCAAGCUGUGAUGGUUUCCACUGGAACGGAAAACGGCGGUGCAAUGAUUUCCUUCCAAAAAAUGAGCUAAAGCAACAGUUUCUGCCUUUCUCAGGCCCGCGAGUCCUAAAUGGUGAUUGCACAUCACCAUGAUGUUAAAAUAUCAGCACAUGCACAGGUUUUAUGGAAAUGUUCAAUUUAGCUGGUAUUGCACUCUGAAGUAAGCUUGUAUUAUGUGUAGCUUUGUUUCAACUUAUUUUCAAACACACUUAGUAAAGCAAAGUAUUUUAAUUAUUUUAUAUGGCUGCAUUUUAAUUUAACCACGGGAUGAAUGCGUGGAUAUUUAUGUAGUGAAAGUUGUUGUUCAGCUUUGACUGCAGUUCCUUGAAAAAUCACCAGAUGGUAGCAAAGAUAACUUUUAGGAAGCUUUUUUUUAUGUUUUGAACUGUAAUGCUUUGAUCUUGUAAAUUCGCAGGAUGUAAAUAUUUGUUUUCGCCCUAUUUUUUUAAAAUACAAAGUAUAAAAUAUU